CCCUGGUCCUCUGGCCUGAGAACGCCUGAGUGAGGAGUUGGCGGUAGUGAGAGGGACCGAUCCCUUGGGGCCGCCGGCGGCGAGAGCCUGAGCCGCUCCUCCCAAUGGCGAAGAAGACGUACGACCUGCUUUUCAAGCUGCUCCUGAUCGGAGACUCGGGAGUGGGGAAGACCUGCGUCCUUUUCCGUUUUUCGGAUGAUGCCUUCAAUACCACCUUUAUUUCCACCAUAGGAAUAGACUUUAAGAUCAAAACAGUUGAAUUACAAGGAAAGAAAAUCAAGCUACAGAUAUGGGAUACAGCAGGCCAGGAGCGAUUUCACACCAUCACAACCUCCUACUAUAGAGGAGCAAUGGGUAUCAUGCUAGUAUAUGACAUCACCAAUGGGAAAAGUUUUGAAAACAUCAGCAAAUGGCUUAGAAACAUAGAUGAGCAUGCCAAUGAAGAUGUGGAAAGAAUGUUACUAGGAAACAAGUGUGAUAUGGACGAUAAAAGAGUUGUACCUAAAGGAAAAGGAGAACAGAUUGCAAGGGAGCAUGGUAUUAGAUUUUUUGAGACUAGUGCAAAAGCAAAUAUAAACAUCGAAAAGGCGUUCCUCACAUUAGCUGAAGAUAUCCUUCGAAAGACCCCUGUAAAAGAGCCUAACAGUGAAAACGUAGAUAUCAGCAGUGGAGGAGGCGUGACAGGCUGGAAGAGCAAAUGUUGCUGAGCGUUCUCCUGGUCCACCAGUUGCCAUCCACCACCCUGUUUUCUCUUCUUGCUGCAAGAUAAACCACUCUGCCCAUUUUUAACUCUAAACAGAUACUUCUGUUCCUCAUUUUAACUCUCCAGUCCACCUUAUUUGUUCUUUCAUCUGUGACUGCUUGCUGACUUAUAAUUUCCUUCAAACAAAAAAAAUGUAUAGAAAAAUCAUGUCUGUGACUUCAUUUUUAAAUGUACUUGCUCAGCUCACCACUGCAUUUCAGUUGUAUUAUAGUCAAGUUCUUCUUAUCAACAUUAAAACCUAUAGCAAUCAUUUCAACUCUAUUCUGCAAAUUGUAUAAGAAUAAAAGUUAGAAUUAACAAUUUUA